CAAUACAAACUGCUGGAUCAACAUACAGCGGAUCAGGGACUGUUCUCUUUCCUACUUCAAGGCAAAACUCAAACCAAAAUGUAAUUCAAACAAAACAACCAGAGACUCAGCAUGAAACUACAUCAUCUGCAACAACUAAACCAGAGACGAAAACAGCACCAGCAGCAUUUACAACACACAGGUCCACAAUAUCUUUACCUUUAUCUGUUACAACAGGAUCCACAACAGACACCACAGAAUCAACAACAAACAAACAAGGCAAUGAAACAACAACAUUAAACAUCACUUCUGGUAAAAUUACAUCAAAUGUGACAACAGCAUCACAAACUGUCCCUGCACCAACCAAAUCUGAGAAUUCAACAACAUCAGCAGCAUCACCUCCAUCUUUAUUUUCUACAAUGGAAAAACCAGUUACAACAGGAUCCACAACAAGUACUGUUUUAGUAACAACAUCCAAAAACUACAAAGAAACAGCAAAAUUACAAGAUACCUCUAGACAAAGUACACCAAAUGUAACAACGACAUCAAAAACUUUAACAACUCAAUCAACAGAAACACUUCAAACAUCCACAUCUGUAUUGGACAAUUCAGAGGUUCCAACAACAUCAGCUCCAAUUGCCACACAACCCACACCAGCAGAACAAAUGGUUGGAAUGUCAAUAAUUCAAUCAACAAACAGUGGAUUAGUCUCUGUGCCAAUAACAUCCACAACACAAACAGGUCAGUCUGUGAGAUUCGUGCAAAGUGCAACAAACUCAGAAGCGGGUCUACCUACUGCCAAAACUCAAAUAUCUACCACAGAUCAUUCAUCUACACUGAUAGUGGAGUCCUUAACAACAACAUCAACUGUAAGAUCACCUUCAUCUGUGAUUUCUACAAUAGGAACAUCUGUAAGAGUAACAGCUUCACCUCCAUCUGCACGAUUCAGAACAGACACUGAAGAACCAGAAAAACACAACCAAUGCAAUGUAACAACACAAUUACAAAACAAGUCAGGGCAACACAGAGUAACACAAGAAACACAAACUGAUGCAACAGAAACAACCAAAAUGCAUGUACCAACAAAAUUAUCCACUGGUAAAACAAAAACUACUGAAUCAAUAACAGUUCAAAGAACAACACAGAGUGGUCCAGUCUUUCUGUUAACAAGCCAGACAUCACUGCACAGUGCCACACAAAUACAAUCUAGUUCUUCAAUAACCAAAACUAAAACAACUACCAGAGACCAUCAAUCAACAGAUAUAGUAGGGCUCUUGAUGACAACAACAACGGCCGCUCCAGUUUCAUCCAUGGCUUUCACACUGGUAGCACAACCAGUGACAAACACAAGUACAACUACAGGGAUGGAGCCAGCAGUUCCAGCCACAGAUUAUCUCACGCUGUCAACAACUGCACAUGCAUCCCUCACAGCUUCAUCACAGAGCUCUGGAUUAUCAAACCAGACCCAAACCCCAACACAAGGUGGAGAGGUGACUCCAUGGACAGAAGAGGCUUUUACAAGACAAAAAUGGGAACAUAUGGGUACAACAAUAAAUCCAGAUGACACCACAGCAACUUUGGUUACAUCUCCUCAAGAAAAGAAACAUUCAGCUGCACAUAUAAAUACUUUGGAGGAGGGACCAAAGAUUUUAACAGCAACAGGAACAACAGAUCAAAACUCAACUUCUUCACAAAGUAUAGAAUCCUCCAUAACAGAACAGCCAAGUUCACAACAACCCCAUUAUAUCUCAUUGGUCCCAGUUAGCACACCUAGAAGCACUUCAUCUUCAACCUCAUCACUGGGUUCAUCCUCAAAAGAAUCACAUUCAAACAGUACAUCCCCUCAGGUUUAUCCAACUACAAAUAUGGAGAAGGCAACAACAAAAUCCACAGAAGUUCAGUAUGAAAGCACAGAGACAACAAACUCCAUUUUAUAUGCUUCCUCAGCUAACCUUGGACAAGCCAAUACAAGUACUUUGUCUGUUUCUCAAAACAGCACAGUGUUUUUCAGACACAGUCCUAGGGUUGUUGUUCUGAAACCUUUGGUCUUUAAUUAUCCAGUUGUGAACCAUACCACGUUUUUAUCAAAUGAUACAGGUGAGAAAAGACAGAAUUAAAAAAGACUCGUCAUACUCGUACUCGUACUCGUCAUCUUCCGCUUAUCUGGGACUGGGUUGCGGGGGCAGCAGACUCAGCAGAGACACCCAGACGUCCCUCCACUCCUUAGUAAAAAAAACUAAGUAAUGAAAAGAUUUCUUAAUGGUCCAAGACAAGGAAAUCUCUGCGUCGUCUUCUGCUUCAAAAGGGACUGGGUUGUGGGAGCAGCAGACUCAGUAGAGACACCCAGACUUCUCUCUUGGCGCUAUAUAAAUAAAACUGAAUUGAAUUGAAUCCGGUAAAGAUACCCGAGCCACCUCAACUGGCUCCUCAUGAUGUGAAGGGAAUACGGCUCUACUCCAAAUACCUCUCGGAUGGCUGAGCUCCUCACCCUAUCUCCAAGGGAGUGCUCGGCCACCCUACGGAGGAAGCUCAUUUCAGCCGCUUGUAUCCAGGAUCUCAAUUUCUUUGUCAUGACCCAAAGUUCAUGGCCAUA